UCCCAUCAUGCAUCAGUUCCGACGCUUACAAACAUGCACCCGCCUUCGACUGUGCACGCCAAUGCUCUGCUUUUACUUUGUAAAAGUUUUCAAAAGUAGUGACUUAAUGUUAGUUGACAUUGUGCGGUUAUAUUGACUCUCCACACAGUAAACUGACCUCCAGUCUGUCUGUACUGUCGUCUCCUGGAGAAGGUAACGUUGCUAUAGCUACAGGUUCGGGAGUUGUGUAUUUAUUACACAGUGCUGUCAUGAUGUGGUUUCCAAGCUUUUGUCGUGUCGUUUAAUGCUUAACGUCGAUCGAUAUGUCGGUUGUAAGCUUACAGUUGGGUCAGUGUGGGAAUCAGAUAGGACACGAGCUCUUUAAUGUCAUUAGCGAUGAUUCCAAUGGACCAAACAGAAAGAAGUACAAGCAAUGCAGUGAUGAGAGGUUCUUUUAUGAGAGAUCUACUGGAGAACUUGUGGCGCGGUCAGUACUUGUUGAUAUGGAGCCCAAAGUUAUCUCUCAAGCAAUAGCCAAGGCUUCAAAAUCUGGAAGAUGGAGAUAUGGAGACAAAGCACAUUUCUCCCAGAAGCAGGGCUCUGGAAACAAUUGGGCGAAUGGGUUCUGUGUUCAUGGACCACGUCAUGAAGAGGCUGUGGAGGAUCUGGUUCGGAUGGAGAUGGAGCGCUGUGAUCGUCUGGCUGGGAUUUUCACCAUGAUGAGUGUUGCAGGCGGCACCGGUUCUGGUGUGGGAACCUACAUCACUCAAUGUUUGAGGGACUUAUAUCCCAAUUCCUUCAUCCUCAAUCAAGUAACAUGGCCAUAUGGAGCUGGCGAGGUGAUUGUGCAAAACUACAACUCUGUGCUGACACUGUCAAACCUAUACCAGCUCUCUGAUGCUAUUCUGGUUCACGAGAACGACACUGUGCACAAAAUCUGCAGCCAGCUGAUGAACAUCAAACACAUCUCCAUCAGUGACGUUAAUAAGGUGAUCGCUCACCAGCUGGCCAGCGUACUUCAGCCCGCUUAUACCGCUGAUUCACCCUGCCAUUACAGCACAAACCCCAUAGGGGAAUUACUGACUUCUUUGGUGUGUCACCCUGAGUACAAACUGCUCAGCUUGUGUAACAUUCCUCAGAUGUCCAGCACGUCUCUGGCCUAUAGUGUGUUUAACUGGCCAGGGUUGCUCAAGCAUUUACGUCAAAUGCUCAUCGCCAGCGCUAGGAUGGAGGAGGGAAUUGACUGGACAGUAAGCGCCCCAUCAGAGGUCACAUCUGGAGGAGAGAGUGCGACUAACAGCAGGCAUAAAAAUUUCAAUUUAUCACUUGCCAAUAUUCUAAUACUACGUGGGAAAGAUGUCUCUACUGCAGUUACAGAUGGCUUUAAGGAUCCUGCAUUAUAUGUGCCGUGGCUUAAAACAGAAAAUAUUUUCAGCACAUGGACCUCUCCUGUCGCCUUCAAUGGAUAUGAAAAGUCCGCCACUUUGGUCAGUAACAGCCAGUCACUUUUGAAACCCCUGGACAAUAUAGUCAGGAAGGCUUGGAAUAUGUUUGCAUCAAGGGCCUAUGUUCAUCAGUAUAUAAAGUUUGGAAUCUCCGAGGAGGAUUUUCUGGACAGUUUUACAGCACUAGAACAGAUCAUCUCCAGCUACACACACCUCUGAUUUACCUGAUCAAGCACAGCUCAUCAUGAAGAUUGUGACAAUACUAAUUUCAUAUGAUGUGCCUUUCCUGCCACUGGAGAAAUUUGUUAAUAUAGGGCAGUUAAAUUCAUCAUUUUGUAAUACAAAUAUUUAUUUCUCUUUCAAAGC